GGAAUUCCGUAUUUAUAUUCUUAUCUUACAUCUAUCGAGCGAUAAGUGCCGUUCUUGAAACAGUCGUCAACAAGGAGAGUGUACCAUUUAUAGACCAUGCUGAAAAUGGAUAACCCAAAAUUGACGUUGUUUCUUUUCGUGUGUUUUCAAGCAGAAACAAUGGCUUCACCUCCGGCUUUAACUUUCUGCAUGGACAACUGGGUGGCCUUCAAGGGCUCCUGCUAUUACUUCCAUCACUCGGCGCAAUCCUUCACAGAGGCACAGCACGCGUGUCUCCAAAUGAAUUCAAACCUCGUACAGAUCGACUCGGAGGCGGAAGAUAAAUUCAUCAAAGACUUCCUGAGCUACCAAACCCCAAAUUUCUGGUGGGUGGGUUUAUCUGAUGACGACAUUGAAGGUAUCUGGAGCUGGGUGGGGUCAAAGGACACGCCCACAUUUACAGACUGGUUUCCCGGUGAGCCCAACAACGCCAAUAACGAGGACUGUGCCAUUUUAGACAUCAACCAUCAAUUUAAGUGGACCGACAUCGCCUGUAGCAAACUUCUUUAUUCCAUCUGCGAGAUACAAAGUGAAUCCAGUGCACCAGAAGUCAUUGGAUAGAAGAAACGACACCGAUGCAGAGAUGAAAUGAAUUUGUAUUUUUAUAAUAGUAAUGGUGUUUCACCGUCGGAAUUUAACUUUUAAUAUGAACUUAAAACAUAAGCAGUGUUUAUAAACCGGUUAAGCUGGAUACUUUAAUGUUAUAAACAAAUUUAAAACAAUU